CCUUCACGCUAAAUGUGCCAACGGAUUUUUAACGUUUAUAAUUAACGUUUAUUCACGUUUCUUUUGAAGUUUUACUUUUUGUUUUAGUUAUUGUUUUGCCAUAUGUCUCUGCCUAUUGAUAGGCAACUCAUAAUAUAUGCAACAACUUGUACUCACAACUAAUGAAGUAGGUUAGCCUACUCGUGUGUCAAUUUUCAACCGGUCUUUAAACGGCGGGUUAUUUAUUGAGAAUACUGAAUGUUUUAUUGAUUUCUUUAAAGACCAACAUUGUGUUAAUUUUAAUCAGUGUAAAGUGAGUAGUUUCCCCGAACGGCCUACAUAACUUGAAUUUGAAUACCGGACCGACUCUCGGGUCAACGGACCUAGCCAUGUCUGGUAGAAAUAGCGAUAACGAGUUCAAUUUAGUGUUGGACUAUGAAUACGAAGCAAAUUAUGGCCCUAAUGAUUAUGAAUCUUCUGAUGAACCGGUUAGAUCAUACGAUACAACGAAUUCCUACGAAUCUUCGGAAAUUCCGACGUACUCUGACGAACCGGAGCCCUAUGAAUCUUCCGAAAUUCCGACGUACUCUGACGAACCGGAGCCCUAUGAAUCUUCCGACGAAUCGGUGAAAUCUCAUGAUUCAAUGGAAUCAUUGACGGCAUUUUUUUCAACUCCCAUGGACGAAACUGAGUACAGCUUUAUGCGUGGAGCCGAAGCUUCGAUCAAAACAACCAACACAGAUCAUAUUGUAAAAUCACCUUUACAUGUGCCGUUAGACGACACGGAAAUGAUCCCAGUACCAGCGACUGACCAACCUGUAGCGGCAUUACCUCCAUCCACCGAAGAACAGGUUGCAACAUGCCCCAUCCCUCCUAGUGCAGAAAGCCCAAUGCUGAGAAAUGGAGCAUAUGAAAAUAAUGCGACCAGACCUGCAGAAAGAGAACGCCUGACAUCAAGAUCCGAGAGGAAGUCAGAUUCUGAGAGAGACCCGCUUAGGUAUCGAGGUGGAAGUGGGUCUCCCCCACCUCGAGGGAGAUCUGAAAGAUCUCGAUCCCGCUCAAUAGAGAGGAGAAACACCGCAAGGCGCUCGAGAUCAAGAUCUCGUAGAUCUCGCUCUCGUGGACGCGAGCGUGACCGUAGUCGUGCAUGGAGAAACCGCUCUCCGCCCCGAUCCAGAUAUGAUCGGGACCGAAACAGGAUGCGCAGUUGGUCUAAGAGCCCUCCAACAAGAUCCCGGUCUCGCACUCCUCCAGCUAAGCUGAGAAGUCGUUACAGGAACCGCACAAAGUCUAGGUCUCACAGCCCGUACGAUUCAGCUCAUGGGGCCUCUCCACACGACAGUAACCAUGGUGAUGAAAUGAGAAGUUCAGUAAGCCUGCAAAGUGUCGUUCAUUCUACAAAAAGGAGAUGCCGCGAUUACGAUGAAAAGGGGUUCUGCAUGCGAGGGGAGAUGUGCCCCUACGACCAUGGCAAGGACCCAGUUGUCCUUGAAGAUGUAGGACAAGUUUUGAACUUCUCAGCACCGGGACUUCCCCCCACAACACUAGAACCGCCUGUGCCCCCCAUGGUGGCCCCAGGAAUGAAUUUGCACCACAGGCCCCCUAUAAACCUAGUGGAAUACAAUCCAGACGCGCCAAGUAUGGACUCAAGGAUGUGGAGUAAGCAGCCUUUCCGAACCUCAGCGGGACGUAGCUUGCUUCAGAGGGGAGGUAUGAUGAGAGCUCCUCUGGCUCUAGGCUUCCCUCCUCACCAUCAGAGAGAGCUCAUUAGUGUUCCUGUAGGUGAAGAGAAUGCAGGAUACUACCACGGAGUCCCAAACCCUAUGAAACGCCAAUGUCCUCCAGACUUCUCCAAUGAUGCGGAAUCAGUUCCAGUCAAACAAAGAUUUGAUUAUUCAAGAUUGGGUCCAAGGGGACGGGGUGGGAAUUGUUCCCUGCAACUGAAAAAAGUCCCAAAAGGAUUGAACAAUAUUGCCCACCUGCACAACCACUUUUACAAAUUCGGAAAGAUUGUUAACAUUCAGGUAUCAUUUGAGGGAGAUCCUGAAGCAGCUUUAAUAACCUUUACUAGUCAUGCUGAGGCCAGUGCUGCCUACAAAAGCACUGAAGCUGUAUUGAACAACAGAUUCAUUAAAGUAUUUUGGUACAAUCCAGAUAAAGAUAAUAAGCAGGAGAACAUUUCCCCGCUGGCUAGACCUUCUGCCAAAGAACGCUUAGGAGCCCAAAUGAACGUGAAUGCACCACCAGUUACCAAUAUGGAGCCAACCAAUGAAAUGGAAAAGGUUCUUAUUUCUGGUGCAAACAUCACAAAGACUGUGUACAUACCAACAGCUCUCGAUAGAAAACCAGCUUUACCAAUACCACCUUCUAAGAGACUAAUGGUUACAACAUUCAACAACCAAGCAGUUCAAGGAGCUCAGAAUGCAUUAAAGAAAAAACAGGAAGAAAAAAGAAAGGAGGCCUUAAAGCUUACUCAACAUUUAAGCAAAAGGAAAAACGAUCUCAUCGAUGAAGUGUUGUUAAAUCAAAAGCUGUUGAUGGACAAAUUAGAAAAAGGAAACCUGACGCCUGAAAAGAGGGCUGAAAUUAUGGCAACACUCAAAGGAUUCCAGGAAAAUAUAGAAACAUUACGGAAAGAUUUUGAGGGAAAAACAGUCUCAAACAAUCCUGUCAAAGUGACUCCUCAGUUGGUAAAGAGAUCUAGGGAGGAGGUAGGUGAUUCUCUCUCCUCUCCUCCCACCACAAAUAUGCAAAAACAGCUCUUGGAUGCUGAGCUAGAUCUGUUUAAUCAACAGCAAGAGGGGAAAGAUACGACUGAGCUACAAAAGCGAGUUAUAGAACUCAAGACAAAAGCUCACAGCCUUGGACUGCUCACUAACAACGGAGUCUUGCGUCUCUCUCGUGGUGGAGCUCGAUACCGAACUGUCAGGGGUAGGGGAGGUUUCAACCCCCAUUCGACGGUGGAUCAUCGUCCUACUAAACUGCUGGUCUCAGGGUUCGAGAGUGAUGACAAGGCAGAAGUUCUUCAACAUUUCACGAAAUUCGGCGAAGUAGCUGAUCACAUAUGGGAUGAGGCAACUCCGGCAUUGGUCAUUCAGUUCAAAACCCGCAAAGACGCAGAAACCGCGAUGGCCAAAGGUCGCAAUUUUCAGGACAGGUUACUCUCCGUCACAUGGUUCAACUCAGCUCCAAACAUGGGCAUGAGAAACUCCAGAUCUGUUAUCUUGUUGAAUGACACCUCCAUGUCCGAUUUACUUUCGGAGCAUGAAGAUGAAGACGAGGCUUUACGAUUAAGCAUUGACCAAAAUGAAGACUUAUUGUUACAAGAUGAAGAAGAAGAGGAAGAUGAAGAGAGGUCAUGGAGACGAUAGCAAUGACCUUUCGAUCCGAGUGUAGAUGAACUAAGCAUACAAACAAAAAUGUGAUCUUGUCCAUAAAUGUAACUAUGUAUAUGUAUAUGUUUUCAGUUGAGCAUUUACCACAAUGAGGCUUAACUGUUAGUAAUUGGUAGUUAUUACUGGACAUUCAAUCUAUUAUUUUAUUUUCACUAAAGAGAUACACAGCUUUUGUGAGUGAAAUCUAUGUAUUAAAACUAUACAUUUUUUACUUCUAUAUAUCAUAACUUAAGUAUACUAUAAAAUAUUUCCUCUAUGUGAAAAGUUUCUGUAAGAUAUUGUAUUACUUAUUGGAAAAUUUGAUAUUUUUAUAGUCAUUGUUUUUCAGAAAGAGUUGUUGCAAUGUGGUAUUUAUCUGGUAUGGUACCAUAACUACAGUAAACUCCUAUAUUUUGAGCCCCGAAUAUUUGAAUUGCUUACAGAAAGAGUUUUAAACCUAAUAUAUCGUUAUUAAAGAAGGCAGAAGUUCUAAUUGCGAUAAAAUCCUCACAGACCUGUCGACAUCAACAUCAUUCUUCACAAUUUUUCGAUCACGAAAUCUUCUCAAACAUGUUUUUGCAAUUGUGAUAGUAAAAGCUUAGCUUAACUCUGCCUAUUUUCUAUAAAUUACCCUGAAUUUCGGUAACCCCAGUUAUCCAAAUUUUUGUAUAUCCAAAUGUGGUAUGCAGUUCCAAUUAAUUUGGAUAAAUGAAGUUCAACUGUAGUAAUUUCACUAUGAGUUUUCAUGUGAGGUAAUCUGUUUUUGUGGAUCCAUAAUAAUGCUAAUAACUAAGCAAAGCAUGGUCCGGUCCUUUAAAAAAUGUUGAGAAACUUAAAAUUUACAUUUAACGAACAUCAUACUAUCUAUAGAUCCUAGAUAAGUUUUAGGUAGUUAUUUUUGUGAUGUUUACGUUUUACCGUUAGACUGCUGUUUUUGAUUAUUCAGUUGAAUAAAAAUGUGUAACAA